UUUGGCUGGGAUCGCAAGAACUUCCUAUCAAACCGCUGCCACGCCAUCUGUCAACACACACACAUACGCACACAUACGCAUGCCGAUACGAGUGUACGCGAGCGCUUGUCACGCUCGCCGGAAGGUUAGAUGCCGAUGAUAAAUUUGAGCCGGACCUCAUAAACACGCGAUACGACGGGGCGGUAGCGGCGCCUUAGGGUUUUCAUCUUUUUACAUAGAAUGGAGGAGAUCGACAAUAUAAUAAUUCACUCGUUGCGACAAAUAGGCUGUGACAUUGAAGAGAGCAUAACGAAUCUAAGUGGCUUUAACACUGAAUUAGUUGUGGAAGCUACUGUAAGAUGCUUAGAAGCAAUAAGGCCGGGUCUAGGCUUGUCCACUGUACUACCUGUGAAUAUGGCAGCGCGCUUUCGACUGGGCGCUACUCUCGCCCAAACAUGCACGGAACUUGGGUACAGAGGUGACAUUGGCUAUCAGACAUUCUUGUACAACUCAGAAGCAGAUCUGCGAAGGGUGUUCAUGUUUCUCAUUGAAAAACUGCCAAAGGAAAGUGAGAAAACAAUAAAUGAGUCUAUUAGUAAGGUUGCUUUGUUGGAGAAAUCAGUAGCAUCUUCAAUAUCUCAAGGACUCUCUGUACCAUGGUUACCGCACUAUUGCCAUACAAAAGGAUUCAGAAAUAGAGGAAGAGCGAGUAUCCCUUACACACCUGUAAAUAUUGAAGUACCAAUAGCAAAUGUGGAAGAUGAUUAUAAAGAUUACUGUAUGCGCUAUUUACAACCAGUGCCUGAACAAAUGCAAGACAUUUCAUGCUUUUUACCUUCCAUGAUAUCGUAUAAUGCGAGAGCGCUCAAUACUUCUCCAAUAGAUAUUAUGGAGCGCAUAAACUGGCUUAACAGCCAGCACUCUGAAAAAAUUGCUUAUUCUAAUGCACAUAAUAUUGUCAAAGAAUUUAGCAAGUUCUCAGCAGAGAACAAGACACAAACUUCAAUGGAAUCUCAGGUGAAACCAGAGUCUGCGAUACAUCCAGUGCUUCCAGAGCAAGAAACAUUAAAAAACGAAGCAAAACAGGAAGUUGAAACGGAAAAGAUAAAAACGGAAUGCGAAAGUCUUAGAAUAAAUAUAGAAGAAUUGCAAAACGAGAUUAAAAAACUGACCACUAGAUUAGCACAAGUGGCGGUAACCAAUCAGAACGAAGAGAAGGAAUUAAGAAUUAGUGAGGAACAAAAAAAAAUCAAGGCAAAAGCAUACGAGUUGCUUCAAGAUGGACCAGAGAAUAUAAAGAAAUUGGAAUCUGCGAUUGAAGCCAGUACAAGCAAAUUGAUUAAUUUAGCAAAUCAGUGGGAAAAGCAUAGGGUACCUUUAAUCAUGAAGUAUAGGCAAGAAAGGGAGAAGCAUUCCACAAAAGCAAAUGCGAGUCAAAAGAAGUUAGACGAGAUAAAAUUGUUAAAAGAAAAAGAGAAGGAACUUCAAGAGGAAUGUCGAAAUAAGGAUCAACAAUAUUCACAGUUGGUCGCGGAAGUUCAGAAACUUCCGAAGGAGGUGAAUAGGUCCGCAUACACUCAACGAAUUCUAGAAAUAAUAAAUAACGUCAGAAAACAGAGAGAUGAGAUAAGCAAGGUUCUGGUGGAUACCCGUGAGAUUCAAAAGGAAAUUAAUACGCUUACCGGGAGAUUGGAGAGAUCUUUCACUGUUGUAGACGAACUGAUAUUUAGAGACGCGAGAAUAAACGAAGCUUCGCGGAAAGCUUAUAAAUUAUUAGCGACGUUACAUUCGGACUGCAAUGAACUCGUGAGUUUAGUCGAGGAAACAGGUGCGACAAUACGAGAAAUUAGAGAUUUAGAGGAACAGAUCGAUUCUGAGUCGGCUAAGAAUGUCGGCGCUAAUCUGGAAAGAAUAACUGCCGAUUUGAAACAGAUGAAGCAAGAAACCGCUGCAUUAACCGCACAACUCCAGAGUAAAACCUCGUGAUUGUUAUGUACAGUGUUGCGCCAUUUUACGAAUUAUAAUAUACAGGACCAGAUGGGAAUCUAGUACAGGAUGUAAACGAAUACAAUCGAAUGUAUCAAAGACCAAAUACUUUUUAGCUGCGCAACUGGCAAAAUACGAUAUUGCCCAAGAGUCUCCGCGCGAAUCUACUAAGUUGGCUGCUAAAAAAAUGUGCCUUGGCCUGGAGUCGUCAGGCAUUAGGCUUCCACUAGCCUCGGGCCAAGUGUAUAAUAAAAAAAAACACGCUGUUAACAUCAAUGCUCAAAGAUAUUUGUUAUAAAGCCUAAUAAUUUUUUAGCAUCGAGUUCAACUUUCGUAUUUCUCGCAACUUGAAGAUCUGACUUAUAUGGCUGUAAAUAAAAUAACUGCUAAAGCGUCACUUUCAAGAAAAGAACAUGUACAAAAUAUAGAAUGUGUACGAAUAAUGGUAAAA